AUGUCUGGAUUCAUCCUCCUGGGUUUCUCUGUUGGGCGUCCAUCGGAGCUCCUACUUGCCUUCCUCUUCUUCGUCAUUUACGUUGGAGCCUUGGGAGGCAAUUCCAUCAUCCUCUGCAUUGUACUGUCAGAUAGCCGCCUGCGUACUCCAAUGUACUUCUUCCUUGGCAAUUUCUCCAUCCUUGACAUCUUCUUCACCUCCGUCACCAGCCCUCAAUUGAUCUGGAGCCUCCUCUCUGGGGACAAGUCUAUCUCUUUCGCUGGUUGCAUGGCACAAACGUAUUUCUAUUUCUUCCUAGGGACAGUAGAGUUUCUUCUGUUGACCUCCAUGUCUUAUGACCGUUAUGCUGCCAUAUGCAACCCAUUGCAAUAUCAUGCCAUCAUGAGCAGCCAGGUCUGCAUCCAGAUGGUAUUGGGUUGCUGGUUGGGUGGGUUCUUCUCCGUUCUUAUUCCCAUCAUCAUGAUUAGCAGACUAUCCUACUGCAAGUCCAACGUCAUCAACCAUUUCUUUUGUGAUAGUGGCCCCNGAAAUUUACUACAAAAGUAA